GGUUGCGCCAGUAUGGCAUUUUGAAUUGACCGCGUAAAAUUCGUAUAAUCGCCCAUCGCCUUAUUUUAAAUUUAAUAGUUAAAUUGGCACUUUACUCAUUUCCUUUUCCCAUCUCCCUCCUGCACAUACCUAUCUCGCAUGCAAGAGUGAGACGACGAAUGUCCACUGGGGACAUCUAGCGGGUGUUGUAGUUAACAUGCUUCUUAGCAAAUCCGCACCUUUUGUUAAUGGCUGCCGUAAAUCGCGCUCUUCGUAAUUAAUUCGUUUGAUAAACAAAAACUAUAGUUCGAGUGAUUCUCAUUGUGAAAAUAGAAGUGCAAGACUAACCAUUUGGUGUUACCCAUAAGAAUAUCAACCGGCCACGAACCCAAGUUCGGUUUUGGAUAGCUUGCUCGACGCGUCCACCUCAGGAGCUUCUGUACUGACCGUUGAUGCAAGAGACGAACAAGGGGGACAUAACUCAUGUUACCGCAGUAUGCAAGCACACACGGAGCCAUGGAGCUGUCAGUUGCGGCGCUAGGAUGAAACAUUAUCCCAGAGCUACCAGCCUUAGAAACCGCACUACACUACAACAACCGUCUAAAUUAACUCGACGACAGCCAUGACAAGAAUAAAUCUGUGAUGGUGUUUGGAGAUGGUUGCGCGCGGUGGGCGCUGCAGCGGGCAGCGCUGGUGGCUUGCUUACUGGUGGGUGCGCUGGCUCCACAGCGGAUGGAGCCGUGCGCGAGCAGCCCACUGUGUUCAUGCCGCACGGCACACAUGUCCUGCAUCGCUGUGCCUCUACACAGGUUCCCGGAAUGGCCUCGAAUAGAGUUGCAGCAUUUGGAUAUUAGCAUGUCGAAUCUGGAAGUGCUCCCAGAAAGUGCAUUAGAUGGGCUUAGAUUGCAAACAUUAGUUUUAGUAGCUAACAAAUUACACCACAUCGAACUUCAUGCUUUUAGUUCAAUGGCUAUAACAUUAGCGUCGCUAGACCUCAGCUACAACGAAUUUACUGAAAUACCACAACAGGGAUUGAAAGAUCUUAAAGUUUUAAACUGGUUGAAUCUACAGAAUAAUAACAUAGCUCAUAUUGGGACAGAAGUAAGAUGGCAUCACUUGGAAGAUACACUAACGAGCUUAUCUUUAAGCAACAAUCAAAUCACUCAGCUGAGAUCACACGCUCUGUCAUCACUGUAUCACCUACUUCAAUUAGAUCUCGAUGGGAACCACCUACGCAGCAUCAGUUCAGACUCCUUGCCUACAUCACUAACAAUCCUUAAACUAUCCAAUAAUUUCCUACAUGAAAUUUCUUGUGAUUUAUUAUUUAAUCUUCCCAGAUUGCAGUCCGUUCACUUGCGACAUAAUUUUAUCAGUUCCAACUUUAAUUCCACUUGUUCUAGUAACAGAAACAAAAAGAUAGAAAAGUUGGACUUAAGUAAUAAUAGGAUUAAUGAUUCAUCCGAGAUUUCCGUUCUUCGAGAAAUUCAAUUUAGACAAAUUAUUUUAGAUCUUAAUGAACUAACCAUCUUACCGAGGUUGGUGUUUGCAAAUAACCGAAUUGAAAAACUGUCUAUAUCUUACAAUAAAUUGAGUUCUAUUUAUCGAGACGUAUUUUUAUCGUUAAAAAACUCGCUGGAGCAUCUGGAAGUGGAACACAACAAAUUGUCUUACUUGCCGGACAGUCUGGCUCAGGUCGCGAGACUGCGCCAUUUAUCUUUAGCCUACAACCAACUAGAGGAUUCUCCCCCGCUUCCGAGCCGGAUUCAAACACUUUCGCUCGCAGGCAACUUUUUAACUUCGAUACCUUCUACUCUACAAACGUUGGAGCCCGGCUCCAUUCGUUAUCUCGACUUAAGUUACAACAGGAUAUCUAAUUUGUUACCAAACGAAUUCUUCGACUGGUCCACUUCCCUUGGAACCAUCAAUUUGAGAGGUAACAGGAUUGCGCAGAUUUAUAAGAACGUUUUUCCGGCAACAAUGCCAGUUAAAGAGAUUAAUUUGAGCUUUAACGACUUGUAUUAUGUGCAUCCAGAGUCUUUCUCCAACGUUACUAGUUCCUUGCAAGUGUUGGAGUCUUCGUCGACGCUUUUUAGUGGAUAUUUUCCGUUUGAAGUAGAUGAAGGUCUAGAUAAUCUCAACGUUUUAUCGUUUGAUAACAAUGACUUUCAUAUUCUUAAGUUAUCAGAUAUUGCUGCCUUUCCGUACCUAAAAUACCUUAACUUAGAUUACAAUAGAAUUAUAGAUAUCAUUGUAGGAGAAGACCAUGAAAAUAUUUCCCUCCCCCUGAGUAAUAUUCGAAUAGCAUACAAUUUUUUAAGUUCUAUACAUAGCCUAACCUUUGCUUAUAUGCAAGACUUAAGAAACUUAGAUUUAUCUUAUAACCGAAUCAAUAACUUAACUAAGCACAGUUUCACUAACUUACCAAACUUGAGAUAUUUAUCUCUUGCGGGUAACAUAAUCGAUUCGAUGGAAGCGGAGGCCUUCGUUAAUUUACCGAAACUGGAAAUAUUAGAACUCCAGGGAAAUAACUUAACUUAUUUAUCAUUAAAUUCAUUUUAUAACGUGUCUCAUCCAGAAAUCACAUUUACUUUAAACGUGAGUAGGAAUCACUUAAAAUUUAUAGAGGGUGAAUAUACUAUAUCAAUUAAUAUAUUUGAUGGAUCUCACAACGAGUUCUAUGAUGUGCCAAAUAUUUUUUUUAUGACCAUAGAAUCUUCCAUAAGACAAAUUAUUUUAUCACACAACAAAAUAACUCAUAUAUCUAGUGAAGCAUUUGGUCAAUCUAUAUAUUUAGAGAUUCUAGACUUGCAUAAGAAUAGUGUAAACACUGUUAAAAGAAAAUCUUUUUCGGAUCUAAUAUCGUUGCAAAUUUUAGAUCUAUCUUACAAUGUAAUAACGCAAAUGUCUGUAGAACAAUUUUGUAAUUUAAAUAAACUAAGGUACUUAAAGUUAGAUCAUAAUAAUAUAAGGCUUCUUCCUAGAGAUGUGUUUAAAAAUACUAUAAUAGAACAUUUAGACCUAAGUCACAAUGACAUAUCUUUGUUUCCUGUUACGGCGCUCUCCCAAAUAGGCUUUACUUUACGAUACUUAGACUUGUCCCACAAUCGCAUAGAAUAUUUAGAUAGUAACAUAUUCCGGAACACUCAAUUCCUACUAAAUUUAAAUUUGGGACACAAUCUACUAACUGUGCUAUCCGAUAACACGUUUUCGAGCCUCGGAGGCUUGCGAGAACUGGACCUCGGCUUCAACUCUAUAAAGGCAAACUUUAAGGAGUUGUUUCACAACCUUCCGAACUUAAGGCAUUUGAAUCUUGCAAAUGUAAGUUUAAAGUCAGUGCCUUAUCUACCUUUAACAAACUUAACCAGUCUCAAUUUGACUUCAAAUUACAUAAACAGCUUUAAAGAGACUGAUGUUAAACGACUAGUAAAUCUUCGCAGCUUAGAUAUUAGCCAUAAUCGACUCACUUCUCUAGUGCCAAAAAUGUGGUUACACUUGACAAGUUUGAACUUACUGGAUGUUUCGUACAACCCUAUAGUUAGAAUAACGCCAAAUAGUUUCAAAAUGUUAAAUAAUUUGUCCUACUUAAACCUUAAUGGACUCAAAUAUUUAGAUAUAGUUGAUCAAGAUUCCUUCCGUCCUUUAAUAUCCUUGAGAUCUUUGCAUCUCCAGACCUGGUCCACGAUAAAUCAUUCCACAUUUCGCAUUUGUAAUAUCACAUCUUCCCUCCCUUCUUUAUAUAAAUUAGUAAUACAAUGGACAGACAAUGUAAUGGAUAAACAACUCCACGGAAUCGACGCGAGAAACAUACGCUACUUAGAAAUCAGAGGAGAAAGCCUGAAAAGAAUCACUGAUGAAGCGUUUGAAAUGUUUACCAAUAGCCAAGAAAUAUUCAUAAGGAUAACGGCUACAUCCUUGCGGAAACUACCGACUGAGUUUAUGAAACAUCUAGGACAAGUUCCGCAGUUGGGCGUUGACUUGAGUAAUAAUCAACUCACAACUCUAAAUCCCGCCAUCUUCUAUCCAAAUUUCACAAGUUGGAGUCACGUAGCAACAAAAUUACUAUCAGGUGGAUUAAUUUUAACGGGCAACCCACUUCGCUGUGAAUGCGAGCUGGCGUGGCUCGGAGCGUGGCUACGUCGGUGGCUGCAGGAGAACGAGGCUGGGACAGAACUCCGGCGUGAAGUUCGCAGCGCCACUUGUAAGGACCAACAUGGCCGCCACGUCCCACUACUCCAACUUCGCGCUGAUGAGGCGGAGUGCCACGCCAGCGCCCUCUCCAGUGAUGCACAACCAAACUAUACCGAUCUAGUAUACACCCUCGCGAUAGCCUUAUGGAUCCUCCUCCUUAGAUGAUACGCAUCCGUCGUCGUUGAUAGAAUUUUGUAAAUAUAUUUCAUUCACAAGGUUCCUUAGACCGGUUGUCUACUAUACAGGCAGACUGUAGUUUUCUACACACUACAGUUUUAAAAAGAGUAGGUAUUUGACAUGUAUAGGUAGCGAAAUUAAUAAUGAAUUGAAUAUCUCAUAAUUAUGCUCUAAGGCGCGUGUUAUCAUGUUGAAUCUCACAAUGUAAAUUGUAAAAUUAAUUAGAGAAAAUUUGUAAUGUGUCAUCGAUAUUAUUAGAGUCAAUUAACUUUUUUGCAAAAUUUUGGAUAUGUUAUAUUGAUUUUUUACCCCUAACAAACAGCACACCUAAUAAUUAAUGUGAUUGAUUACAAUGAAAAUAACUUGUCUGUAAAUUUUAAUGAGUAGUGACUUUAUUCGUUACCUGUGUAAAUAUGUAAAAAAAGUAAAUAUUUUUC